GUCAGGUGAUCAGGAUACUGUGCUGAAUAAAGCAAGCAGCAGCAAUGUAAGCAAAGCGGAGGGAUCGGUCAGGUUAAGGAUAUUUACUGUACAAGUCCUGACCAGACCCCGGAGCUGCUGAUCAGAACCUAAGACCACCACAGACUGAGUACCUGUAUCAGCAGAAUGCAGCAGCGCUGACCCACAGCAGCGUCCCUCAACCGCUGGAUCUGCUGCAGCUCUGAGGAAGAGGAGGAAGAGAAGGAGGAGAUCUGCAUUCCAGCAAGAUGGCAUUCACCCUGAGCCUCCUCGCUGCUGUUCUCAUGUCUUCUGUUGUGUCUGGAAGCAGCUCGACUCAAGACCCAGUUGUGGUCCAUGACCCGACUGUAGCCAAAGUAGUCAGCUUUGCCAUCGACUCCCACAAUCGCAUGUGUAACUGUGCCUCUGCCUUUAAAGUAGUGGACAUCAUGUCAGACAGUGCUGAGCUCUAUCCUCCUACUUGGGUUAAAUACACCCUCAAACUGCGAGUGGCCGAGACAAACUGCAGAAACGAUGGAAAAGUGAGCCUGGAGGACUGCAGCCUCAAGACUAACGCACAGACUAUGAUCUGCAGCUUCGUGGUGCUGGCAGUUCCAGGAGAGAACACGGUGCCCAGCCGUCUUCUGUCAGACCACUGUGUCUGAUUAAAAAGUUUGCAGUAAUUUAUUCUGAGUAUCAGACAUUAAAGCAGCAGUCAGUAUGAUUAUUCUGUUUUAAAUUACAAGCAGUAAUAUUUCUGAGGUAGGAGGGGACAUAAUAUUCUAUCUUCCAGUCAUGACCAUCCUUGCAGUGUCUAAUAUAUUCAUUCUAAACACAGAGUGGCCUGGUAGGUUUGUUGGAUGUAAUUGAUGUAAUCUCUACAUUUUGGCAAUAUUUUAUAAAUGAAUAAAAUAAACAAAACAAUGUAUUUAAAAAAUGCAGAAUUUCACACAACAAUUUAUUUCUAUUCAUUUGCAUUAAAAGUACUCUUCCCCAUGCUUUGUGCAAUUACAGUUUUUCACCAGAGAGGUCUUCAAAUCCCCGAAACUUGUUUGAUUGUCACUUUAAGUAGACCUUAUGUCACAUGUGUCAA